CAGCAACUGCCAGCAGAACCUCAAGCAUUCUCCAGCCACCCUCCCCAGGUGGACCUAGGUCCGGAGGAAGCCCCAUACUGUAUGUUCUAUGCUACUAUAGAUGUUGAGCUCUGAGCCCAACAUCACCAGAUUCCAAAUUUCCUUUAUAAUCAGAAAAUGUCAGAAUACCACCUGACAUUCAAAAUAAGAAAAUGAUACAUACGUUCUCUGAAGAAAAGUAUCCUUCAUUAGAUGACAAUAUGAGUAUUGUGUGUUCCAGUGACAUUAGCUCAUCGGUGGAACAGGAAAACAUGAUACAACUUAAUUCUGCAACUGAAGAACCACAGCAAAGAAUGAAUGACUUAAAGCCUACUGAAACUGAGGAAAUUCAAAAUAGUAAAUCUACCACCUGGGAUAGUCAGUCAAUACCAACAGCCGAUGAUAAUUUUUUAUGAAGACAGAAACUUUCAAGGAAAGUCUCAUGAAUGUUCUGGAGACAAUGCAGAUCUGCAUGCCUUCUUUGCUCACUGCAACUCAAUCCGGGUAGAAAAUGGAUGUUGGGUAAUCUAUGAACGAUCUAACUACAUGGGGCAUCAAUACUACCUUAAAAAAGGAGACUAUCCUGACUACCAGAGCUGGCUGGGUUUAAAUGACUCCAUUAGAUCUUGCCAUUCAAUUCCACAUCAUCGUGGAUCUUACAAAAUUAGGUUGUAUGAGAGAGAAGACUUCCGUGGCCAGAUGAAGGAGUACCUUAACGAUUGUUCAAACAUUUAUGAUAGUUUUCAUACCAAUGAUAUAUUGUCCUGCAAUGUUCUUGAUGGUUACUGGGUCUUUUUUGAAGAACCCGGUUUUAGGGGAAAUCAGUAUUUCCUUAGACCUGGUGAAUAUAGAAAAUGUGCCAGUUGGGGAUCUACAAAUUCCAAAGUUGGGUCUUUGAAGAAAAUUGCAGACUUUUAUUAAAUAUACUGCAAAUCACUCAUGUAAAGAAAAUAAAAAUGUUUUACGUACUGCUUA